CCAUACUGUUACCCGGUAAUUAGUCGUAGUCGAUUCUGGUUUGAACUUCUCCACUAAAUCCAAAAACAAGAUCGGCUCGCAUUUGCAACCGCAGCUGCCGCCGCCCAUCCUUUUCUUCGUUGAUCCAUUUCUCAUCGGAAUAUCGCCGGAACUAACCUUAUACUGACUGCCGCACCUCUCUCUGAGUAAAAGGGUGGCUACUGUCCUCAUCGGAUCCAAGGUUUUGCCGCGAUCUUUCAUUUUCCAACAAUGCGGGAGUGAUACGCGGACUGCGAUUUCCUUGUCCGAUUUCUGAUGCGAUACGUGUGUGGGUUUUCUGUUCUUGCAGGUUGAUUGUCUUCUCAUCGGGAUGGAUCAGUCCUCCUUUGGCCCAAUCACGAGCGUUUCUGUUCAACCAGUUGAUCAAAAUGGAACUGAACCCUCUCCAGAGUUGUGCCAAAUUGAAGAGGGUCUAUUCUUGGGGUCAAUUACCGAAGCAACUAUGAAGGAUGCACUCAAACAAGCCAACGUAACUCACAUUUUAACCGUCGCCAGCUUCUUACCUUCUUUUCCAGAAGAAUUUCAGUACAAGGUCGUCAACAUUUCGGACAGCGUGAACACGAACAUUGCACAGUACUUCGAUGAUUGUUUCGAUUUCAUCGAUGAAUCUAAACGACUCGGUGGUGGUGUGCUCGUACACUGCUUCAUGGGAGUGUCCAGAAGUGUGACUGUUGUUGUUGCUUACUUGAUGAAGAAGCGACAUAUGAGCUUAUCUCAAGCCUUGCAACAUGUUCGGAGUAGGCGACCUCAGGCUUCUCCCAAUCCUGGAUUCAUAUCACAGCUGCAGAAAUUUGAACAGUCUCUUAAAGAAGGUGAGAAUGCAAAGGAGCAGAGUAUCUAAAUAGCGGCAUUGGAAAGAAACCGGCAUACCAUUUUCCAAUGGUUUUGUAAGAGCAGGCUUUACAUCUGUAUUUCUGAGAUUGAAGUGGCAACAUGGUUGCACAAAGAACAUAUUUUUUUUAUGAACUGUAACAGAACCACAUGGACUAAAGAGUUAUAGAAUGUAUGGCGCAUAUGAUUAAGCUCUUUGGUUGUUCAAUCAUGAAGAAGCCAGAGGUUCUUGUUGAGAUUUCUGGAAGUUUUAUAUUUUUCUUUGUCAAAAUGUGUCAUUGUUUGAUCUUGUACUUUAACAAGGAUGAAGUAUGUUGAUUGCCAUUAUCGUUAUCAAGCUACAUUGUCAUAUUGGCAUGAGGUACCUAAGUAGGGCUGAAAGUUUGGUAUUGGUAUUUGGUAUAUACCGAAUACCGUACCGAAUUUGUUUAUAUUUGGUAUUACCGAAUACACGUAUUAUUUCUUGGGAUUGAAUUUCAAUUGUAAUAUAUUAGGGAUUACGGG